AUUGUAAGAAAGAGCCGGAUUAGAACAGUCCUACACCAUGCACUAAAACGGUUUUCUCUAGGGCGGCUCCGUUUUAGGAUAGGAUUGGGUUACUACCACCAUAUGAAAGGAAGGCUCCACCGCUGUGGCCUUACCAUGCGCAGAAAGCUUGUGAAAAUCUAAAAACAUUGAAAGCAACAAAAUGGAAUUGCUGGGAGAAACAGUAGAAGCUCCAUACGUCCUGAUACACGCCAAAAAACCAGAGCAAAUAAGCAGUGACGGUGCUGAGGUAUUUUUGUGCCCCAAGAACGACGUCUCACGCUACCAGGUACCAUGGCGAAGCGCCACCUACGGACUGAAGGAAAUGCCCAAAUGUUUCCCAGAACAGGCUGGAGCUCCAGACAACAGGAAUGCCGUAGCAGACCAGCCCGCCGCUGUCCCCGCCGCCACCAUCCCACACAGUGCAGCGUCGGCCGGCAACAACAACCAGCCGCCGUGUUACUCCCAGAGACAGCAGGGAAACAACAUUUUCUUCCCCUACAGCAGGAAGCUCAUCGCUGGGAGACUGGAGAUGCAAGCAGAGACCGAGUCGCGCCAAAACGACUUCAGGAAAAACGUCACAGCGCCGAAAAAUCCUUUCCCACCCCCUCAGUUCCAACCUACUUUCUCGCGCGACCCCCACCUGCCGAUGACCCCAGCCCUCGGGCGCAGUGCCCAGCUUCAGGAGUACCUGGCCCAGCACUGCGGCAACAGCGACAUAGGUCAUCCCCAGCCGACCUAUCCUAGGCCACCUAGAGGUGAACAUCAACCAGCAUCACCCAUGGACAUCGAACAACAAACCAAGCACACCAACAAGAUAUUUUCAUCCAACAAUUACAACAGUCCCAUGUCUCAUUUCCCCAACGACCAUCGGUAUCUCAAGAACGCGUUCAGAGCUUUUAAAAGAGAUGAAGAAAUCCUGAAAGAUCGGAACCAAUUUAAUGACCCGAACAGGUUUCGUGACGAGGGUCAUAAGGAUUGGUAUAACUAUAUGACCCAGGAUAACCCGACUGCGGACCCUCGAACUGAGAGCGCUUUGGUCAACUCUGGGUGCACGCGAGUACCUGAUGGGUUCGGGGGGUAUUCAUACAUUUGCCCCAACCGGUGCGUCCCUCCAGCAGACACCAGCGUGCGUGCGAUGGACCCCAUCUGUUACACGUACCAACCAUCCCGGGGAGGCGAUCCCACCAGCCCACAGAAGGUAAUUGACACAGAAAUCAACGCCACAAUUAAACACAUCCAGAACGUCACCAGUACAAGAGAUUCUUUGUAUGAUCGACUCCUGAAGUCUGAGCAGCCUCUACACGAGGUCAAGGAACAGUUGUACAGUCUGCCGAUAGAUCAGAGAUGUCAAGCCAAAGAUUUGAUUAGAAAGAUGAGCGAUAUAGAGAGGGAUCAGGGAGAGACGGUGAAGGAGAUCCGCAACAAAGGCAUCGAGCUCACCCAUCUGCUGAAACAUCAACACGAUCUUGAGGUACGACUGGCCAACCAAGUUCUAGAGGACGCCAGACAGACGAGUCUGAAUGUCACCAACAACAACAGCAGCUACAUUAAACAUACAAUCAACCGCUACAAGAAAACAUACAUGAAACAUUUCUAAAAGUAGAAACACAAAAACACAAAUAAAUAUCAGAGAUUAUAACCAC